UUCGCGAGUGCGGUUGCGGUACUCAUAACGGUAGUUUGUAGUGCUGAAAUAUAACGGGGUAACACGACGACGGGUUGAAAUAACUGAAAACUAAAAUAAAAACUCAGAAACUCUACGAGCAAAGCUAUUAAACGGAUUUAAAAAUUGUUUAGCGAGCAACAAAACCUAACUGACUUUUACAACAAGUGAGUCAAGAGGAAGCGGAAACGUGUUAUUACUGAAUAAAUUGUUGCAAUUUAAUUGGACUAUGCAAACAAAGCCAAAGGAUAACUGACUGAAAAAAGGGCGAUCUGGCUAUUGGGUCUAAUGCCGUCGACCUAAAUCAAUAUCGAUAAUCAAUAUUAACUUAUUAUGCAAAUAAACGGUGUAGCUGCCGGACCAACUAUGGCCGCAUCAGAGCCACCAGAGCCGCCGCCACGCAAUCCGGAUCGCAUAAAUGCCUCACUGCACAAGCUUGGCGAAUCCAAAAUUGUCAAAUCCCUGGACUCGAGUGUGAUCAAAGAGAAGUCCUCCUCAGCGAAUAAUAAUAAGCCCAUUAGGCCAUUACUGUCCCUGGACAAUUCAGUUGCAUCCACAUCAGCAGCAGCAGCAGCAGCGGCAGCGUCGGCAACGACAGGAGCAGCAGCAACUUCUUCUUUAGUUGGCCUCAAGCCAUCUCCUUCACGCUCCGUUUUGGCCAAUAGCAGCAGCAACGAAAGCAACUCCUCACCGGCCAGUUCGAAUGGCAGCAAUCAGACACUGACUCCACCCAUUACCAUUGAUAACCAGCAUCAGUCACAACUCCAGCAGCCGCAGCAACAGCGGCUUGGUCAAGUCGUUGGCUUGCCACAGCCGCAAUUACCAUUACCGAAUGGCACCAACAGCAGCAGCAACAACAUCACAACCACCAGCCCAGCCAUGAUACAUGCGAAUAACUCAAAUUUAAUUGCCCCAGUUCACUCCUCCGUCUCCGUUGCCGCCAGCUCCGUCUCCGCCACAGUCUCCCCUAACAGUGCAAACUCAACGGGCAAUCCACAUGCAUUGAAUGCGGUCGAUAAGAGAAAUGCCAAUGAUGUUUGCUCAAUGGAGUCGAAAAGCAAAUUAUCAUCAUCACCAUCAUCCACAUCCGCAUCCGCAUCCCCAUCCACAUCAGUGAUGCCGCAUUCGCCCACAUCCGCUGCCUCAGCAGCUCUCCUAAUGCUUGAAACCCAUGGCCCAAAUGGCAGCAAUAUACUCCUCCAUUAUCCAGAUGGUAAUCGCAAUUCAAAUGAUCAUCUCAAUCAUGCUGACGUUGAGACAAACUCAAAGUUCGUGGCAGAAUCUGCCAUGAAAUUACGUGAGGAAAAUGAUCGUCUUAAUGCCGAAUUGCUGCGCCUCCGACGUCUGCUGGAGCACUCAACAGAUGGAGCAGUAGGUGGCAUAGAUCCAACAGCAUUGGGUCACAAUACCGAUGCAGAAGCUCUGCAUGAUAGCCCCGUCUCACAGGAGCGAGUGGAACGCUUGGAAUGCGAAUUGCGUUCGGUUAAGAAUCAAUUGCUCACCAUGCGGCUGGAGCGUAAAAAGCUGCGCACUGACAAGUCUGAACUAUUGGGCCAGGUGAAGCAAUUGUGUGCCUCACUCCAAGAGAAGGAGCAAGAGUUGAGGGAUUUCAUACGCAAUUUCCAAGAACGUGUACGCGAAACAGAAUCAAACAAUGCCAAAUUGUCGGGAGAUAGGGAUCGAGAACGUUUCCAACUGUUGAAACAGGCACGCGAUGAGGCGGAGAGAUCCCUGGCGCUGGCCCAACAGCUAUCGGCCAGGGACUUGCAGUUGCAACGGCUACAGGAACAGCUGCAGGAGGCACGUCGUCAGCUCUCUGGUUGUCUCUCCGAUCAGGAGAGUUUGCACUCGUUUGCCCCGUUGACGCCUCCAGCCUCGGGAAUGUUGGGCCAACUGACAGGUGGCUCGGGCCUAAGUGGAGGUGCGAGUGGUGGCGUUGGACUUGUGGGUCUUCGCAGUGGAACAACCGACGACAGUGGACGCGGCGGUGGCAAUUCCAAUUCCCUGUCCGCCUUUAGUGGCAGUUUAAGCGGCGGCUCUGGCGCCACGGUCGGUGAUCGCAAUUCCUGCUCGAAUGAUUCGGGUCUAAGGAAUAGCAGCGAUCGAGAGAGCACUGGCGGCGAGUUGAACUUCAGUGAUGGCACCUGCGACAAUGGUCCCUGCAUUACAGUCGAUCCUGACAGCAUUUCCUUGGUCUCCAGUCAGAACAUGUAUCAAUUUGGCACACCCAAAGAACGUAGUCCCACAUUGUCGCCCCUGAACUCAGCUGCUUAUUCGAGAUCUGUGGAACAGUUGGGCUCACCCGUGGAUGGCGACGGACCUGGAGGUCUAGGCGGUGGUGGAGCCAUCACCCGUAAAUUUGCCAAUGCCAAUGUGAAGAGUGCAGGACCACUUGGCGCCCGCAAUGGCCGUGGAGGCACCUGGGGCAGCAUAUCCCGAGUGUUUGCCCGCUCUAGAAACAAAAGCAAAGCCCUUUCAGCUGAUGGAGGAGUCGGUGAAUUAGAUUCUGACUACUCAUGGAAUCCCUUGUCGGAAGAGGGUUAUGCCGAGAAAUUGCGUCUGCUACGUGAAGCCUCUCAGCUGCCAAUGGAACGCUGGAGAGCCACCCAAGUGCUCGCCUGGCUGGAGGUGGCCUUGGGCAUGCCUCAGUAUAGUACACGAUGUUCGGAGAAUGUAAAGAGUGGCAAAGUUCUGCUCGAACUGAAUGAUGUGGAACUAGAAGCCGGCUUGGGUCUAGUGCAUCCUAUGCAUCGCAAGAAACUACGUCUGGCCAUUGAGGAGCAACGGCGACCCGAACUGGUACGCUAUCCCAUGAUCACCCAACUAGGACACACAUGGGUGGCAUCCGAAUGGUUGCCAGACAUCGGUUUGCCCCAGUAUGCGGAACCUUUUCUGCAAUCUCUGGUCGAUGCUCGCAUGCUGGACACUCUAUCGAAAAAGGAAUUGGAAAAGUUUUUGGGAGUGACAAGAAAGUUCCAUCAGGCCAGCAUUGUUCAUGGAAUUCAUGUCUUACGCAUUGUGAAAUACGACCGCCAGACCUUGGCCAUGCGACGUGUGCAAUCAGAGACAGUUGACACUGAUCCCAUUGUGUGGACAAAUCAACGUUUCGUGCGUUGGGUACGCUCCAUCGAUUUGGGUGAAUACGCCGAGAAUUUGAAAGACAGCGGUGUUCAUGGAGGCCUUGUGGUGCUUGAGCCAUCCUUCUCGGGUGACACCAUGGCCACUGCCUUGGGCAUUCCACCAUCUAAGAAUAUAAUUAGACGACAUCUCAAUACGGAAUUUGAUGCCCUUAUUCUACCCGCAAGAGCCACUCUGGGUCAAGGCAUUCGCUCUGGUUGCGGUGUAGUGCCUCUAACUGGACCAGGCGGACUUCAGCACUAUGCCACAACAGAUCGGCGUUCAACCAGCAGCCUUAGGAUUUCGGCAUGGAAAGGAUCUCAGAGCUCUCUUUCAAAAGCCUUUCGGUUCAACACUCAAUCCAAAUCCCAUCGUACCGGGGAUCGCAGUUCCUUUGGGAACUCCACCAGCCCAACGCCCUCGUAUAGCAGCAGUGAGGGCGGCGGCGGCGGUGGUGGGGGCGGUGGAGGAAUAUACGCUACCAUAGGACCACAGCAUAUGCAUUCGUAUCAUCAACAACAGCAGCAGCAACAACAGCAACAGCAUCACUUCUUCCCACCACCCACAACGGCGCCACCCCCGCCUCCAAUUUCGGGUGGUCUGAGUGGUAAUUAUGGUCCGCCUGGUCAUCGGGUGAGUGCCCCGCCCGUGGGCAGUAGCCACAUCCUGGAAACAAGUGCAAUGAUGUUGGGCAGCGAUGGCCACUCCAGUCACUAUGAGCAACAGAAUCGUCGACGUGUGAAAAGUAUCAGCGACAUAGGCGGAGCAACCACACACAGCAUGGGGGCUGGUGGCAGUCUGGGGGGCAUAUCGGGCUCAUCGGAUUCGCCUGAAUGAACUGCAAUAAGUGUAACCAAAGAGAUUUAUCAGCAAUCAUCAUAAUCAUAAACAUACAACAAAUAAACAAAUAUAAAUAUAAAGCCAACUAUCUAGAUCGAUCAGAUCAAUCAAAAAUGGCUGCGAAUUUCCCCGCCCUCCCCACCAUUCACCCAACCGCUCUAAACCCUAAUGCAUUCAAUUAUACAUACCCAAAUACAUAGAAACAAACAUACAAACAUACAUACAUACAUACUAUUAUGAUUAUGAUUAUUAUAUUUUGAACACAUGACCCACCUUAAGAUAUUUACUAAAGAUUAUAUAUAUAUUAUAUAUAUAUAUAUAUCUCAUAUAUAUGAUCAAAUCAGUAUAAAAAAUCAGAGUUGUAUAAGAAGAUCGACCUACAAAUAAUAUAUACAUACAUAUAUAUUCUAAUAAGGUUCAAUGUAUUAAUAAUGAGAUUUAUUUCUCCCCCUCCCUAAUACACACACACAGACACAUACACACCGACACACACCGUCACACCCACACACUGACAGACACAUUUAUUAGCUUAAUUAAAUAUAUGUUUAUAAGUAUAAUAAAUAAUUGUAAAGUUUAGCUUUAAAUUGAUUUGUGGCGACAAUGUUGAAUUAUGGCUAACAUAUAUUCUCACACUCCCACACAUACAUACACACAUACACAGAUACGCA